AUGAGAUUUGUGUUGACCCUGAGCCUGUUGUGGAGCGCUGGGGUGGCAGUGGCGGGUGGUGACGCACCCUUUCACCCACGCUCCAAUGACUCCAAAUGUUCCCGUGCUGCCUCGACCUUGUCUCUCAGUGACCCGCCGUACGACAAUUACUUCUACUCAGACUGUAAUGUCGCGGCACAGGUAGUAGUCACCAGCCCACUCCCAGACAGUAACCUCUCCCUCAUCGGGCCACGUCUGAUCGUCGCCUGGCCCGCCGGUGACAGCGGCAUAGCUACCUUCUAUACGCCGCAAAAUGGCCCCAACGGGACCCUUUCUAUUGAACUCGUGAAUUCUACCGCCGGCCAGCCCCUCGGACCUGUCUAUACCGCAGCAUCCAACGCCUCUGCGUCCCCAAGUGUCGGCGUCCAAGGCGUUGUCCGAUUCAAUGCCUCCGCCACUCUUACUCUACCCAUACUUGGGAGCAUCCGCACGAUUCGUGACUUCGUCGAGGGUGCCAGUAUCCUGUACCCAGAGAUCCAAGAUGCAGUGCACUUUGCCACUUCUUCUGACGGCAGCGUCUCCCUACAACGCCGCUGGCUCGACAACGUCACAACCACCACCCUGACCUUCCAGCCCAUGACUAACGUCUCCAACGCGCGCCUCAUCCUGGCUAAUCGCACCUUGACUUUCACGCCCGGUGACUACCUGUUUUCUGCAGCCAUGGACUACCCGCAGCUGACGACGCUGAAGUCGAGCGCCGUGCUAAACACGGCGUCGAGCAACCUGACGGUGUCAAUGCCGGGCCAGGUGGCGGCGCUGUCGUUCCUGUCUUACUCGCAGAAGCUGCUGGCGGGGGCAUGGCGGUUUUUGACGUAUUUCGGACGCGACUCGAUGAUUUCUGCGCUGUUGUUGGAGCCUGUGCUGAGUUCGGGCAAUGGGAGUGCGAUGGAGGCGGUGAUUGGCGCAGUCCUGGAGAGGAUUAAUCGGACAGAUGGGAGUGUUUGCCAUGAGGAGACUAUUGGUGACUAUGCGACUUGGACGAAUCUGCAGUCGAAUAUUUCGAGCAAUGCUAUGGUUUGCGACUAUAAAAUGAUCGAUUCUGAUUACUACCUUCCUAUCUUGAUGCAGAAGUAUUUCCUCGACAACCCCGUAGGACAGAAAAGGGUUUCGGAUUUCCUCAAUACAUCCGCUGGCUCUAUCAAUGCCGCAAACCAGAACUUGACCUGGGGCAACCUGUCGCUGAUCAAUGCAGAGCGAAUUAUGCGACUUGCGCGGCCUUUUGCAGAGGAGCAAAUCAAAGAAAAUCUCAUCCACUUGAAAGAGGGGCAGGUCGUUGGCGAAUGGAGAGAUAGCGAAUAUGGCAUUGGUGGAGGUCGCAUCCCCUAUGAUGUAAACACAGCUCUUGUUCCGGCGGCCCUUCGUUCUAUUGCCCUGUUGGCUCGCAGCGGUUUCUAUGCGAGUCGACUGCGCUGGGCCACGCUAGCCGACCAAUAUGCUCAGAUCUGGGAAGACAGGACUCUAGAUUUUUUCAUAGUGACCAUUCCGCAGUCUGAUGCACGCGACCUCGUUGCUUCCUACAAGAAUGCAUCUUCCUUUGCAGGCCCAGACCAAUCAUCCGCCAUUGACUCGGAUGUUGUUUACCACGCUCUCGCGCUUGAUGGCUACAAUAAAAUCUCCAAGGUGGAAGUCAUGAAUACGGAUGACUGCUUCCGACAUUUUCUCUUGAACACUACCAACGACGUCCAACUCACCUCAUUCAUGAACAGCUCUGCCAAUAAUAUUCGCCGCGAUUUCCCCGCUGGCCUGAUGACCUCCGUCGGUAUGCUGGUUGCUAACCCCGCCUUCGGCUCUGAUCCGGUCUAUGCGCAGAACUGGACGACGGGAGCCUACCACGGCACAGUUGUGUGGUCGUGGCAACUUGCGAUGAUGGCUAAGGGGCUGGAGCUGCAAAUGGGGCGGUGUGAGGUUACAGCUAACUUUUCUGCGACGGCAAGGAAUGGUAGGGGUAGGACGGGCGUGGUGCAGCCGACGCCAGAAUUUUGCACGGACGAGUCGGUGUGGACCAAUGUAAAAGCCGCGUACAAUGCACUAUGGGAUUCGAUCGAGGCCAACCAGGACCAACUGUCCGGCGAGGUCUGGUCAUGGGUUUAUCGCAACGGCGACUUCCAAGUCACGCCAUUAGGGGUGUUGCCGCCACCGGGCGGCGGGACUCAGACCGAAUCUGAUAUCCGCCAGCUGUGGUCUCUCACCUUCUUGGCAGUCUCGCGAAAUGCGCUUUACAAAUAA